UUAACAAAAAAAUAAAAUAAAUAUCAUGGGCAUUACGAACUUCUUCGAGAGCGUUAAAAAUUGGACAGUGGCGCGCGUCCAAGGCACGCUAUCGUCCAAGGAUGAUGAGCGUGAGGAUGUGCGACGAUUCCCCAAUCUGGGCGAGGACAUACAACAGGUGGUGCAUACGCCGGAAUUUGAGCAGGUCUUGGACGCAGCCUCGCCGUUCCUGUUGGCCAGCAUGGGCGCCUGGCCGGGCUAUUGGCUAUAUCGGGGCUUCGACUAUCACUCGCACAGGGCGCACGUGCCGCUGCCCGUAUACAUCAGACAGACCUUUUACCAAGCCAAACUGCUGCAACUAUUGAUUAUCAUGACGGGCAUUAUUAGCAUGGUCAAGAAUCACAACAAUUUCCGUAUUUUCCCAGUUAGCAACAAGGACUAGUUAAAUCGUUCAAAUUAAAAGAAAAAUCACAACAAAAAUUGGUGCAAAUCUGAAAUCAUGAAGUUCGUAUCAUUGAGAGCCUUUCGCACAGUCCCUUUUGAAACUAAAAAUUCCUCCCAUUUGUUAUUUUAAUAAAUAAACACUCUCAAAUGCAAUUGACUUUAA